AUGUCAAAGGAGCUUGAGCCAGUAAAAAGCUUACUUAUUUGGCCGAUUCGAGCAACACUCAUCAACAUUCAACCGCAUUUUUCUACUUGGUAUGAAUGGGCUCGGACCCGAUGUGGGAUCCUGAGCUCGUCGGAGAAAGAUGGACAACCACAACGUCAACAUCAACCCUGCAAAUGUCAUCGGGCAUCAGUAUACAAAAAUACUGAAUUAUGGUCCCUACAAAACGCGUUCAAGUUUGGGUGUGAAUUAUAUAUCAGCAAAUCAUGUACGCUGAGUCACUGGUCUCAACCACUAUCGUCCAGCAAAUCAACAUUAUCAUACCACAAACGGAAAGAAAUGAUCAGUUAUGCGGUGCAUGAUGUUAUUGCCGUGACUUACUUGAUUCGACCGAUCAGUGAACAUUGGACAUUUGACCAAAUUAAACACCGAAAUAUGGAUGAACUGUUUAAGGCAUUCGAAUUAAUCCAAUUACCAUUAACACCAAAGCCACUGAACAAAAAGAAAAAAGCUAAAAACAUUAAUGUGAACAAAAUUGCCAAGAUAUUACAAUGUAAUCAAUCAGACAUUGAAUCAAUAUCUGACGAAGAAAUUUAUUUGCACCAGUUAAUUCCACCAGCAUUCGAUGGUGUUAUUCCACCAGAACCCGUUGAUGGAGAGAUAUCGUUACAAGGAACAUCAUCCACCCGUCACGAUCGAGAAUCGAUCGAAAAUAUUCGACCAGAUCUUGCAACAGUUGAAAGUGAAAAAGCACGGACAAUUGUGGGAAAAGAUUGUCGGGUGGUUAGAGUGGAUCGAGUUCAAGAGGAUAUAACAUAG